GAAAAGAUCAGUUUUUAAGAUAUCCAGUUGCUCAUUUGAAUUUUUUUCGCUUUGUUUGAAAGAGGAAGAAGCCCGGAUUAUCUCUUUGCUCUGUUGAAGUCAUCGAGUUCACUGCUUUGUUUGGCUUGCUUACAGUUAUAUAAUGUUGAAUUUCCAAGUCAAAUCACCUGGCAAGAUCAUUUUGCAUGGCGAGCAUGCAGUGGUUUACCACAAACCUGCUUUGGCAGCCGUAGUGGGUGUAGGAACGACACUUAAAUUCCAGAAUACAACGGAAGAUAGCAGCAAAGUUUCGUUUAAAUUGGAGGCACUAAAUACAAUCUUUGAAAUCGACAUUGCCAGCUUUAAUGCUUUCUUAAAACGCUGCCGUUCCAAAUUUUCUGAGUAUAAAUUGGACAAUGCCGUUCAAUUGCUGGAGGAAGUUCGUUUGGAAUUGGCCAAACAGCAGGAUGAAACAAUUGAUUUGGGUUCACCGAAGAAGCAACAGACACAAAAGGCUUUUAUUUCAAUUUAUUAUUUAUUGGCUGGAGCCAUAUUGUCAUCACCAGUUAAAGACUUGGAAUUGCAACAGCCAUUUACCAUUACCAUCGACACUGAGUUGAAUAUAGGAGCUGGCUUAGGCAGCUCAGCCUCAUAUGGUGCCGCUUUGGCAUCUGCUUUUCUUGCCUAUGCCCAACAUUUUGAUUUGACAAACUACAAGGAUGAAGAAAAUCAGCAGUUGAUAUCUCUAUGGGCUUUUGAGUCGGAACGUGUCAUGCACGGUACACCGUCGGGAAUAGACAACACUGUCUGCACAUACGGCGGCAUGUUACGCUUUGUCAAGGGUCAAGGUUUCCAGCCAGUCAAAAUUUUGCGACCACUUCAUAUUCUUUUGGUGGACAGCAAGGUGAAGAGGUCCACAGCAGAUAUCGUGGCAAAGGUCCGACAUUUAGGCGAAACAUUCCCCGAGGUCAUCAAUGCCAUUUGGAAUGCCUGUGAAGCCUUGGUCAAUACAGCCAUACCUUUGUAUGAAAAUUUCGGUACAUGUCAAGAUGACAGCGAAAAAUUCGAAAAACUGGAACAGCUCUUUCAAAUUAACAAUGAUCUCAUGAAAGCCAUUGGUGUAACACAUCCAAAGCUGGAGCAAAUAUUUUCAAUUGCCUUUAAGCGGGGAUUCUUUAGUAAAAUAACUGGAGCCGGUGCUGGUGGUUACGCCAUUGUUCUUUUGCCCGAAAAUUAUGCCAGCAAUGAAGUCUAUUGGAAGUUGAAAGAAGAAUUGGAAGGUGCCGGAUUUGGAGUACAUGCCACAACUGCCGGUGGAGAAGGUUUGCGCAUGGAACCAUUGUAAUGCGCAAAAUGAACCAUUCGAAGAAAAAGGUGUUGGAGCCAUCAAAUAAAUUAUUUGUAUAUGCAUGUUAUUGCGUACUUAAUGUUUGUAUAUUAUUAUUUUUUAUUGAAUUUUUUAACUUUUUUCACUAUAUUAUAAAAGUUUAAUAAAGUAUUCCUUUUUUAAAUAUAUUGUAA